CGAGGAGUCCGGACCAUGUACCGGCGCCGCUCACAGUGUUGCCCGGGUUACUUUGAGAGGGGAGACAUGUGUGUCCCUCUCUGCUCUGAGGAGUGUACCCAUGGAAGGUGUGUGUCUCCUGAUACGUGUCAGUGUGAGCCAGGCUGGGGAGGACUGGACUGCUCCAGUGGUUGUCAGAGUGACUUCUGGGGCCCCCACUGCAGUAACCGGUGCCAGUGUCAAAACGAGGGCAAGUGUAACCCCAUCACGGGGGCGUGUGUGUGUACAGACGGGUACCAGGGUUGGCGCUGCGAAGAGCCCUGUGAACCUGGGUACUAUGGCAAGGCCUGCCAUCUCAUCUGCCAGUGUCUCAACGGAGCCACCUGCCAUCAUCAGACUGGAGAGUGCAUCUGUUCUCUGGGAUACUCUGGAGCCUUCUGUGGUGAGCGGUGUCCCAGUGGUAGUCAUGGACAACAGUGUGAUCAGAGCUGUUCCUGUCAGAACGGAGGAUCCUGUCAUCACGUCAGUGGAGAGUGUUCCUGUCCCGCUGGAUGGACGGGCUCAGUGUGUGCCCAGCCGUGCCAAGUGGGCAAGUAUGGCAUCAACUGCAGCAAGGACUGCUCCUGCCUUAACGGUGGACUGUGUGACCAUGUCGCUGGUCAGUGCCAGUGUACCCCAGGUUACAGUGGACGGAGAUGCCAGGAGGAGUGUCCGGUGGGGUGGUACGGUCCUCAGUGCAGCCUGCGUUGUGACUGUCAGAACGGUGCUAAGUGUUACCAUAUCAACGGGGCGUGUCUCUGUGACACAGGCUUUAAAGGACCUCACUGUCAGGAGAGGUUCUGUCCCCCAGGCCUGUACGGACUCAUCUGUGACAAGUACUGUCCCUGUAAUGCCUCCAACACUGUCAGCUGUCACCCCUUGUCAGGUGAGUGCAGCUGUACAGCAGGAUGGGCGGGGCUCUACUGCAACGAGACCUGUCCACCUGGUUACCACGGCGACGGAUGCAGGUUGCCAUGCAGCUGUUCCCACGGGGCCGACUGUCACGGAGUCACUGGGGCCUGCGUCUGUGCCCCUGGUUACAUGGGAGAUGACUGCUCUUCUCUAUGUCCUCCGGGGCUAUACGGUCCUAGUUGCUCCUCUACCUGCUCCUGUCAUAACCAUGCCCCCUGCUCCCCCAUCGAUGGAUCCUGUAGCUGCAGAGAAGGUUGGCAGGGAGUGGACUGCUCUACUCUGUGCUCCAGUGGUAGCUGGGGUCUGGGCUGUAAUCAGAGCUGUCUGUGUGCCAACGGCGCAGCCUGUGACCCCAUGGAUGGUGUCUGUACCUGCUCCCCAGGCUGGAGAGGGGAGCACUGCCUCCUACCCUGUCCUGAUGGAAUGUACGGUCUGGAGUGUCGUGGGCAUUGUGACUGUAGUCAUGGCGAUGGCUGUGACCACGUCACCGGCUUCUGUCGCUGCCUCGCUGGAUGGACAGGUAUCCGGUGUGACAGUGUGUGUCCUCAGGGGUUGUGGGGUCCAAACUGCUCCGUCACCUGCUCCUGUCAGAAUAGAGGAUCCUGCUCACCGGAGGACGGUACCUGUGUCUGUUCCCCGGGUUACAGAGGGACCUCCUGCAAGAGAGUCUGUUCUCCUGGGUUCUAUGGGCACCGCUGUAGCCAGUCAUGUCCACAGUGUGUCCACAGCUCUGGAUCGUGCCAUCAUGUGACUGGUCACUGUGACUGUCUGUCCGGCUUCUAUGGCUCCCUGUGCAACCAAGUGUGUUUCAGUGGCAGUUACGGUAAGGGCUGUUCUGAGAUCUGUUUGUGCACCAACAACGGGACCUGUAACCCCAUCGAUGGAUCCUGUCAGUGUUUCCCUGGUUGGAUAGGAGAAGACUGCUCUCACAGUUGUCCAUUAGGGUUCUAUGGUAGAGACUGUACUGAGGUGUGUCGCUGUCAGAAUGGCGGAAACUGUGAUCACAUGACAGGACAGUGUGCCUGUCUCACCGGCUUCAUUGGGACCAGCUGUGAACAGAAGUGUCCCCCUGGUACGUUUGGUUACGGCUGCCAGCAGCUGUGUGACUGUAUGAACAACGCCACCUGUGACUAUGUGACUGGAACCUGUUACUGCAGCAUCGGAUACAAAGGCAUCCGCUGUGACCAAGCUGCUCUGAUGAUGGAGGAGUUGAACCCUUACACUAAGAUCAGUCCAGCGCGGGGAGGUUCAGAGCACCAGUCAGCUGGGGCUGUGAUGGGCAUCAUCUUCCUCCUCCUCCUCAUCAUGAUGGCUAUGCUCAGCCUGUUUGUCUGGUUCCGACAGAGACAGAAGGACAAGGGACACCACAUGCAGCCUAGUGUGGCAUAUACACCUGGCCUGAGGAUAACAAACACCGACUAUUCUGAGUGUGGCAGUACGGUAGCCAUGCGUCCCUCCACCCUGGAUGUGUCCCAGACUCUAACCCAGAGUGGUAGCAGCUUAUCAGGAAGCUGUAUCUCCAACCCCUCCUAUCACACCGUGUCUGUACCUCAGUAUAGCCUGGCCUCAACUAUCACCACCAACCUGGAUAGCACGUUCACUGUCGCGUCCAGCUCCCUGAAAGGAGUCAGGAAUGGAUCAGAGUGGAGAGCCUACUGCAACCUCAACCACCUGGAGCCAACUGUUAGUGUUCUACAGGGACUUAAUGGAAUGGCCACUGGUUUCUCCCAGAAUCCCUAUGACCUUCCCCGGAGCAGCCACCUACCCAGCGGCCUCAACCUCAUCCCCCGCCACUACGACAUCCUGCCCAUGAGCCACAGCCCCACAGACACCCCACCCCCUCCCCCAGAGAGCCCCAGCUCCCUGCUCUAGAGGAAGGGACAUACCCUGGUCCCUCCAUCCAGCCCCUGACAUUGUUUCUGACAACGUUUGGCUAACAUCCAAACUAACAUCCAGCCCUCUCCCCGUUUCCAUGCAUGAUGACAAUGUAGUAGUGAGGAUGCUAUCAGCGAUAGAGGGCAGGGGUUGGAGCUAGUUUACACCAUGAGGACUGAGGAGGACAGAGAGGGAUCGACUCCCCCUUUAAACCCUAAUGAGGAGAAAGAGAAAGAGAGAGAGAGCCCCCUCCUCUUCACCGUUACAGAGACUCACACACCAGCCACCAUUCAUCUGCUGUUUCCUCCAAGACUGUCAGUGGGAAGACUCCAACUUUUCACUCUGGACCUCUGGAAUGGAUCCUACCAUUGAUUUUAAAGUGUACUAAGGUGACAUCAUGUUCCUAAUAUUCCCAAUAUAGACGUGUGGUCAGACAAAUGAUAUCCACAGAAGUUAGAUCAAAGUAUCCACCAAUGUGUCAGUCCUGACCUGAGCGCUCUCUCUCUGUGGUGUGACUGAGAGACAUGAUGACUCCUGCAGUCAUUCAGACCAGACCUGAGAGCUCUCUCUCUCUCUGUGGUGUGACUGAGAGACAUGAUGACUCCUGCAGUCAUUCAGACCAGACCUGAGAGCUCUCUCUCUCUGUGGUGUGACUGAGAGACAUGAUGACUCCUGCAGUCAUUCAGACCAGACCUGAGUGCUCUGUCUCUCUGUGGUGUGACUGAGAGACAUGAUGACUCCUGCAGUCAUUCAGACCAGACCUGAGCGCUCUCUCUCUCUCUGUGGUGUGACUGAGAGACAUGAUGACUCCUGCAGUCAUUCAGACCAGACCUGAGAGCUCUCUCUCUCUGUGGUGUGACUGAGAGACAUGAUGACUCCUGCAGUCAUUCAGACCAGACCUGAGUGCUCUGUCUCUCUGUGGUGUGACUGAGAGACAUGAUGACUCCUGCAGUCAUUCAGACCAGACCUGAGCGCUCUCUCUCUCUGUCGUGUGACUGAGAGACAUGAUGACUCCUGCAGUCAUUCAGACCAGACCUGAGAGCUCUCUCUCUCUGUGGUGUGACUGAGAGACAUGAUGACUCCUGCAGUCAUUCAGACCAGACCUGAGUGCUCUGUCUCUCUGUGGUGUGACUGAGAGACAUGAUGACUCCUGCAGUCAUUCAGACCAGACCUGAGAGCUCUCUCUCUCUGUGGUGUGACUGAGAGACAUGAUGACUCCUGCAGUCAUUCAGACCAGACCUGAGCGCUCUCUCUCUCUCUGUCGUGUGACUGAGAGACAUGAUGACU